CUCCUGUCCUGAUCGCCAAUCAAGCCCACUUAGGUCGUCCUUUCCGAUGCUCCACCAUGGCCCACGGGGGAUAUACAUAUGAGGCCUGCCCCGACCUCUUUUCUCACCUUCUCUUCGCGCGCCAUCGUUGAUCUGCGCAUCAACGCCUUCUUCCAUUCUUCUUCUGUUUUUCCGUUUAUCGCACGAGCGCAAGCGCCGUGCUACUAGUCAUUCACUCUCUGAAGAUGCUUUCUUCCACUCUCCUUGGCCUUUUCCCCUUCGUCUCCCUCGGCAUAGCUGGCUAUGUCGUGCAGGAUGACUACUCCCCCGAAAACUUCUUCGACAAAUUUGGCUUCUUCACUAAUGACGACCCCACCAACGGUUUCGUCGACUAUGUCUCGCACGAUGCCGCCAACGCUUCCAGCUUGAUCGAUACCUCUGACGGCACCAUUUACCUUGGCGUCGACCACACCAACAAGGCCCCCAAGGGCAGGCAGAGCGUGCGCCUUUUCAGUUACGAGUCUUACAAUGAGGGCCUCUUCAUCCUCGACCUCAACCACUUCCCCGGCGGCACCUGCGGCACGUGGCCUGCUUUCUGGAUGGUCGGACCCAAGUGGCCUACGGACGGCGAGAUUGACAUCCUCGAGGGCGCCAACAGCCAGGUUGCCAACCAGAUGACGCUGCACACGGGCACGGGCUGCGAGAUCUCCGAUUCGACCGCCAUGUCGGGCAGCAUCCUGGAGACCAACUGCGACGCCAAAGCCAGCGAGGACAAUUCGGGCUGCGGCGUCUCGGACGGCAAGGCGCAAUCCUUCUCCGGGCUCAACGAGAACAAGGGCGGCGUCUUCGCCACCGAGAUCGACCCCACGUCCAACGUCAUCAACGUCUGGUUCUUCGCGCGCGACUCCAUCCCCGAGGACAUUGGCAGCGGCAGCCCCGAACCCACGUCCUGGGGCAGGCCGACGGCCAUCUUCAAGGGCGGCUGCGAAAUCUCGUCGCACUUCAAGGACCUGCAGAUCGUCUUCAACACGGACUUUUGCGGCGACUGGGCCGGCAACACGUGGGGCACGGACGAGAAGUGCAGCGCGCUGGCCGACUCGUGCGAUGAUUAUGUUGCGAACAACCCGGAGGCGUUCAAGGAUGCCUACUGGAGCAUCAACUCGCUCAAGGUUUACAAGACUGGCGAGGACGCUCCCGCGUCUUCUUCUGCUCCGGUUUCGACCAGCGAGCCCACGACCUCUUCCGUCCCCGUCUCCACCCCUGCCCCGGUUUCGACCACGACCCCGACGUCCUCCGCCGCCGGCAUCCUGCCCUCCAUCGGCCUGAGCCUGAGCCUGGGCCUCCCGUCGAUCCCGCUCAUCCCCGAGGGCACCUCGACAGCCGCCUCGGCCGCCACGUCCGCAAUCACGACCUCGACCUCUGACGCUGUCGUCGUCUCGACCCCCGCCGCCGUCUCCACCCCCGAAGUCUCCACCCCCGCCGCCCCCACCGCACCAGUAAAUACGCCCUCGGCCCCCGCCGUCACCACGCCCGUGCCCGUGCAGACGCCCUCCACCCCCGCCGCCCAGGCCUCAAGCACCGACGCCGCUGCCCCGGUCGCCGCGUCCAGCACCAGCACCGGCACGCACGUCUUCGCAAGCGGCGUCCCGCUUCCGUACGCCUCGACCGCUACGGCGCCCACGAUCGGCGCCACGAACGCCCCGGCCGCGGGCGCCGCUUCCUCGGCCGCUGCUGUCUCUUCGCCCGCUGGCUCCUCGGCUGCCGCUUCCUCGGCCGCUGCUGUCUCUUCGCCCGCUGGCUCCUCGGCUGCCGCUUCCGCGCCCGCUGCUUCCGCGCCCGCCGUCUCGUCCCCCGCCGUCUCCUCGCCCGCCGCCGCCGCCGCUUCCCCCUCAGCCACUGCGCCGCAGCAGGCCAAUGCGAACGCCGACGCCUCCCCCGCCAUCCUCUCCCCCGCCACCACAACCACGGACAUCGUCAUGGAAACCGACGUCGUCCAAAGCGUCUCCACGCAAAUCAUAACCAUCACGGCCACGGGCCCAGCACCGGCCGCCACGGCGCCGAUCGUGGACGCUGCUGCGGCUUUGGCUGGUGUUGUGGGCUUGGACGUCAAGGUCGAUGUUGGUGCGAAGCAGGCCGUCAAGGCCGAGGACGUGGAGCAGGAGAGUGAGAGCGCUACGGCUGCGACUACGGCUACGCCCGCACCUGCGCCCAGCGCGUGGUUCAAGGCUGGGCAGAGGGGCGAGCCUGUUACUGGCGAGAAGGCGUCGGAGAAAAAGAUGCUCGAGCGCGCGGUUAGGGGCGUGCGGGGCGGGAGGGGCGUUGGUCUGGUUAGGAGGAGGUAGGGUCAGCGUGAGCGCGAGAUGAGAUGAGAUGAGAUUGCAUAGAUAGGUAAUGGGCGGGAAGUAUUUGGUGGGUUGUGGGUUGUGUUUUUUUGAAAGCUAUUAUACCCUUCUUUUCGUUUAUCGUUUACUGUUUUGGCUUUUUUGGAUUUUUGGAUUUUGGACGGUUGAGAGGCACUCACUCACUUCAUUGAUGAUGGGGUGCGCUUUUUUGGCUUCUUGUCGAUGUUGGACCUUUUUCUUUUACCUUUACCGUUCACAUUCCUUUUGAGCACAGAGCGAGCCAGCGUUUGCAUGGUCGGGUACUGUGCGCGCGGUUGCAAGCUGGAUGGGCUGCGGGCUUUGGAUGGGCUAAGAGUCGUUCAUACAUACUGAUACUGAUACUGCGAGCGGCGGGCUGGGCUUGGCUUGGCUGCGCUGCUGCUGCUGCUGCUAGAUAGAUAGUUAUGAAUGAUGCGUAUGGUCUUGUUGC